UCGCAAGGCCUAGAAUCGGAGGUAAGGCCACAGCCCGCUAUAUGGCACCUCGCUCACGCCAAAAAAGACAUGAACUUAUUCUUCUUCUGCUCAACCGUCUGUUUUACUAAGAAACUCUACCAGAAAGCACUCAUCUCAGAAGUCUGCUCUGUAAUGACAGUGUGUCCACGUGUAGGAGUCUCGCCUGGGUUCACCAUUAUGGCUAUCAUGAUAAAGUUCACCUGGUUCGAGUUUCAGACCUCUCUCUUCUUUACCCUCUUCAAACUUGUUCAGAUAUUUCUCUGCGAAUCGGAUAACCAGAUUGAAAGAAGUGAGGACUGUAACGAUAUGAUGAUGGAUGAAGAAGCUCGUUCUUGCAGCCAUGUUCUUGCUGCGUGGGCAACAGGCGAGGGUCCUAUAAAUUACCCCUCUGAAGCUGGCCUGCCACUAGGUGGUCAGACAGGGAAGAAGUAUCUCAAAGUUGAGAUCCACUACAACAACCUUAGACUACAAACCGGCAUAUUCGACGAAUCUGGCUUCGUCUUUUUCGUCACCCCUAAACUCAGCAUUCAUUCGUGGAGUCUGAAGAGAGGGUGCGAUGUGACAAUAAACUCCAAUCUCUUCUUAAGAAUACACUUGUGCAAGUAUGAUAUCAAAUCGAUAAAUUAUCUUUGGCAAAUCUUCGCUUUGCCGUACAUGACUUGUGCUAAAGUUUUCCAGUCAAGUUGA